AUGCUUACUUUAAUCGCCGACAAGAAGAUCAAAAGGAACUUCUGCCACGGUAUACUCCUGCAGGUUAUAAAACUGCUGGACAAUAAGCCAGACAACCUGACCCUGGAAGAAGACGCCAUCGAACGGCUACGAAGUCAUAUAAAGUCCACGCAGUGGAUACUGGAGCUGGCAGUGGACGAACUACCAUGCUACUUGCUCAUGGACGAGUACUGGAAGAUGGUCAAUUUGCUGAUCUGGAGAUUCUCAUCACUAAUAGAUCAGAAUAUAAUAGAAAACGUAAUUGAAUAUCUAAACAUACUUCUGACUCAAGAUAAAUAUGUAGCAAUCGUUCCUGGACGAGACAUCUGUUUAGCAAACGCUACAAGCUUAUACUUCAUAAUAUUGAAUAAAUAUGGCAACAAUGACGAAAUACAGAAGCUUAUCUAUACAACACUGCCACACAAAAUCUACGAAGUUGUUUUGGCCACUCUAAACUAUCUCCUUAUUCUUUAUAACGAACUGGACAUUGAAGAUAAAUUCCAAGAGCAUCUAUCUUUAUUAAGAAAUCAAAACAUACUAGAAACAUUGAAGAAGGAUCCCAAAUAUACGAGCGAACUGAGCCAAGCGCUAAAAUCUGCUAAAUAUUCGGAAUGCAAACAAAAAUGUCUCAAAGUGCUAUCUUUAGAAGACGACACGCAAAAAUAUAUAAUUGAAGCAAAUUUAAACAAUAGAGAAGUCACAGACGAAGUUAUUUUCUCUGAAUUGAUUCAUCUCGUUGAAAAUGAGCACGAGAAAUUCACUCAUAUCUACUUGUACAGCCUGACGAGCUUCCUAAUAAAAAAACUUAGAGAAAGCGAUGCAAAUCAGAAAUGUAUCCUUGAGGCAGUAAGAGUGAUAUUUGCUUGCAGUUCAUCUGACAAUAGUGAUAGCACGAGAGGUGUGGUUGUGAGUUUCUUGGAGAGGCACUUUAAAAUAUUAAUUAAUAAGGAAUUUCAUGAUUUAACUGAAGAAGAAAAAUUUGAGAUGAAAGCAACUCUAUUGGCAACGCUGGUUUCCUUGCUGGAGGACGACGAGGAGUCGCUGCGACAGAGAUGCGGCGGAGUUGUGACGGACGUGACAAGUCCAACGCUGGGCCCGGCCGUGGGCAGCAUGUGUGCCGAGCUGGUGCUGGCCCACGUGUGUGGGUCCAGCCCUGGGCCGCAGCUGCUGGCCGCGCUGGCACUGCUGGACUUCCGUUGCCAGGUCUGCCUGUCGGACCAGUCCGAUGACGAGUGUCGUGUUUUCGAUCAAAACGAGAAGUACAACGUCUUCCUAGAAGAAACAAUAUGGACAGUGGCCUGCGCGGACCACAUUAAACAAAUAUAUAAAGGUUCAAACAUUUGUGAACGGAUUCUCGAAAUGUUGAACGAUCCAUUGUACAAGCAAACAUUUGACAAACUAUGCGGCAGUAACGUGGAGUCGUUUAGAAACGUUUUAAACGGUUUGGAAAGCAACGUGAUUAAUCCUAAAGUAGAUUUGUUCGUACGAGAGUUGAGAAGAUAA